GACUAGUUCUUUCAUAAAGAGAUGACUGCUGGAAGAGUCUCAGACCCAACGCUGGGGUGAGAAGCAAUGUGGUGCAAUGCGCUUCAGUCAGCACCGUCUGAACGAGUCGAAGUCACACUGAAUAAUAGUCACCCUCCAGAACAUUUAUGAGCCCAUGAGGGUCUUCACUGCAUCUAUCUGCAUCACACCAAUUGCUGCUUUACGACAGUGAUUGCUCCACCAUAAAACAAGAAGGACACUCCACCAAGCUGUUUACUUUUGCAAAAAACCAAUAACGAUCCUGUAAAACACAUCAGUCUUUCGGCCAAAGGAAGAAUAAGAUACUUGCGUAAUAGCCAGAGCCAACAGAUGAGACGCCGUCAUCACAGAAACGAUUUUAUUCUUGGAAAAGGCCAGUAAACCUGACAAUCAAUGUAUUAGGUGAUGAUACCUGAACAACCACCUAUUGUACUUUGAACUUGGUGGUCAGGAGGAUCGUUAUGGUGUUCUUUGCAAGGGAAAUCUCACAUUAGGACAGAACGAGGAGAGUCGUCUUGCUUUCCUUCGAGCAGAAGGACAAAGUCCUGCAACAGCCAAACUAAAGGACUUGGAAUUAAUCUGAAGAGUCAUUUAAUUGAUCAUAAGAGGAAAGUUGCAUUGGGCACUUAGAUUCAAGUAGAAUCGACAGUUUGUAAUGUAUCAGCCAAUGACAGAUGCAGGGAAUCACAUAUUGCAGGGUUGCCUGGUUUCACUCAAUCAAUACACGCAAACCGUAAUCAUGGAUGGAUGUAAGGUAAGCGCCUUCCACUAUUUCAAAUACGAGAUGGAGUUUAAUAGUGAUCACAUGUGAAAUUAACUGUUUUUACAUUACAAAAGAUGAAAUUCAAAUGUUUAUGGCAAUACUGGAAGUCUUUGGCUGCAUUCGAAAACUUGUUAUUAACAAAAAAAUAAUGCAAAUAUAAAAUAUUUCUUGCUGAACCUACUUGUAAUCUCUGUUUGAUGCUUUGCACAACAAUAACUUAAAAUUAUCUUUUCAGAGUAAUUUCUCCAAAUUUGAUGUGCAAUUAAUUAGAUUAAUUAAUCACCACAUCAUGUAAUUAGAUAAAUGUUAAUUGCUUACCAGACCUAUUUAUAAUACAUUACUUGUCUAUUUAUUUUUUUAAAUGUCUUAUAUGUACCAGAAAAAAAGUGUUAACAUGAAUUCUCAACUUCCUAGGAGGAUAUAUUGCUAAAUGCUAAUGCUAAACACUAACAACCUCCCCAGCAGAGACUGCCUCUAUCUCUUGGAGUAAACACCCCAAUGAUGCUUUGCCAUGUGAGGAAGUUUUUAACUCUCAAAAGAGCUAAUUGUUAACCUGAAGCAGACGGCAGUCUUCAUCUGGAGUUUGAACGCAUGUCAUCCCAAACUUCAGUAAAUUGUUCUUCAGUAUGUUCAGUAUGAAUAGUAGCCAUGACUGUGGGAGUCUGAGCUGGGAACUAAUACGGGUCUUAGCUCCCAUUCUGGACAUAAUAAUCAUGCUGAUCGGGCUGGUGGGACACUCGCUGGUCAUUUACGUCCUGACCGGACGGAAGAGGAAGAAUGGACUCCAGUCUCUUCAAGGGACAGAUAUGUUACUUUUAGCCUUGAGUGCUUCAGAUCUACUGCUGCUCAUUUGCCUGCCCUUCCACACUGCCGCUAUAGCACUAGGCUACUGGCCCUUCAGCGGCAUCCUAUGCAAAAUCAUCAGUUUCCUGGGAGUGGCCGGUAACUCGGCAAGCGUAUUCACUCUAGCUGCAUUAGCGGUAACGCGCUAUCUGAUUGUGGUGUACCCCAAUUGGACGUAUCGUUUCCGAAUGCGCCGUUGGCUGCGGGUUACUGUGAUUCUCAUUUGGGUGGUGGCCAUGGCUCUUGCAGCACCUCAGUUUGCUUUCCGCCAAUUGAGGACUGCGCCCAUCCUCUGCUUUGCGUUUCUUUCAGACCUCAGCCAGUUGGUCUACAGUACCAUUCUGUUCCUGUUCAGCUUUGCUUUCCCCCUGAUCAUCAUCGUCGUCAUGUACACUAAACUUUACAGUUUCCUGCGAAGGACACGACUGCAAUGUACCGCGCCGCAACUAGAGCGCUACCAGAACCAGGUGACCAAGACAUCGAUCCUGUUGGUGUUAUUCUUCACCAUCUGCUGGUUGCCAUCCUAUGCCCUCAUGUUCUUGCUCAUCGCUACCAAUAAUAGCAAUAUUCACACACAAACUCUCAACUUCGCCAUUAUCGCCCGGCUGUUAGCGAGCUCAUCGGCUGUAGCCAAUCCACUACUAUAUGCUUUCAUGUCAAACAAAUUUCGCAGAGAGCUGCUGACAUUGGGACGGGUGUGCUGCAAGGGUAACAGGUGUGUUAUGUGUCCAGGGAGCGCCAUAGUGGAGCCCUUUAACCCUGUGGAGCUGGACACCCCUCCCCAACCAUGAGGAUAAAGUCCUGAUCCAUGCAGAAACAUUUAAUGUGCUUCUGCUGUAAAAGGCUAAACCAGUAAUGGGACUAAUAGUGUAAAGAGAUAAAGACAAUAAAUAUAAGACAUAUGUUUGAACUACAUUGAUUUGUUCUGCCAGAUAUUGAGCCUGAAUUACCUCAAACACUUUGAUGAUAUUAUGUAAUAACAGAUCUUUAUUAUAUCAUAUAUUGUUAAGAAAUGUACUUUAGUGACUAGAAAUAUCCAUGUGAGACUUUUAAUAUAUUUGAAAGCAUUGAUGAAAACAUAUGUUUGCUUUCUUUACUAAUUCAUUAUAUGGCAUAUCAGAUAGAAACUGUAUACAACAAAAGCAACACAAACUUUGAAUGACGGGUUUUGCUUUUGGUGUAUUGUUUUUUUCAGUGCUUGCAUUGUUACUAAAUGUUACUUGUGUUCUUACAAUUUCAUGCUACUAUAGGAGCUGAUAAACAUUUUCAGCCUCCACUGGCAUCUGUCUAACCAUCUUGAAUGAGAA